CUUUACGGGUAGCAGCGCUCAGUCAGUCAAAGAAUGAUUCGUCAUUGCUGGAGUAACCAUAACGUAAUGCGUGACAUCAGACAUCCAGAAAUUUCUUACAUCUAUAUAUAUAUGGGAUCGGGAAAAUGCUGAAGCUUCAAAGUUUCAAUUCACUGUAAGGAUCAAGAAGAAAGUUUAGCAAUGGCUGAACAAUUUGAGAUGCCGCGCGUUAAACUUGGAACCCAAGGUCUUGAGGUAUCGAAGAUAGGUUAUGGUUGUAUGGGGCUUACUGGAAAUUACAACUCUCCUAUUCCUGAGGAGGAAGGAAUUGCAAUAAUCAAAGAGGCAUUUAGUAAAGGCGUUACAUUUUUGGACACAUCAGAUAUUUAUGGUAAAAACCAUGCCAACGAGUACUUGGUGGGAAAGGCAUUGAAACAGUUACCUAGAGAAAAGAUCCAGUUAGCUACAAAGUUUGGUAUAGUUGAAACCAAUGCUUCUCAAAUUAUAAUAAAAGGAUCUCCUGAAUAUACCCGCUCUUGCUGUGAGGCCAGCCUAAAGCGUCUUGACGUGGACUAUAUUGAUCUUUACUAUAUACACCGAAUCGAUACUACCAUACCUAUUGAAGAGACGAUGGGAGAACUUAAAAAGUUAGUUGAUGAAGGUAAAAUUAAAUAUAUUGGGUUAUCUGAAGCUAGUCCGGACACAAUAAGGAGGGCCCAUGUAGUACAUCCUAUUACUGCUCUGCAAAUGGAAUAUUCCCUUUGGACUCGUGACAUUGAAGAAGAAAUAAUUCCACUUUGCAGUGAACUUGGGAUCGGAAUAGUUCCAUACAGUCCAGUAGGCCGAGGGUUUUUUGCUGGAAAGGCCAUAGUGGAAAGCGUGCCUCCAAAUAGUUUAUUGGAAUAUCACCCAAGGUUUACAGGACAGAACUUUGAUAAGAACAAAACCAUUUAUUUUCGUAUAGAAGCAUUGGCUAAGAAGCAUGGAUGCACUCCUGCUCAACUUGCUCUUGCAUGGGUUCUUCAUCAAGGAGAUGAUGUUGUACCUAUUCCAGGUACAACCAAAAUAAAAAAUCUCCACGAAAAUAUUGGUUCUGUGAAAGUGAAGCUUACAAGCGAUGAUUUGAAAGAGAUAUCUGAUGCUGUUCCCAUCAAUGAAGUUGCAGGGUCGAGAACUUUAGACGUUUUUGUCCAGGUCUCGUGGAGAUUUGCCAACACUCCACCUCUGAAAUGAAAGGGAGCUAACGAAAUAUACAAUGUGCUUGUUUGCAUAUGCCUAUUUGUUGAGUUCAUUAUUUUCCUUGGUGGACACAUUUAUUUCUAUUUGCAGUUCUUUGACAUUCACUAGUUUGUAUUGCUGUGUCUCAGAAGUGGUUCAAUGUCCACUAUUAGAAGGCUAUCAAAUAGUUGAACCAGUUCAUAUUUACUCCGAUAUUGUUGUUGCAA